UAACGUCGGAGGUGAGUGACAGAAAUAUGAGAAUGUUAUUUCUUUACUUUGUUGUAGGUCUCUGUAUUUUACAAUACCAUAUGCUCGUCUCAGCUGGUAUCAUAAACAUACCGUCAAUCAGUGGUCUAUCUGUUGACUACACCCAUAGUAAGUCUGGAACUUUGUUGAGACGCUGUUCGCCCAGAAAUUGCUGUUCAAUUUACCAACAAUGUUGUCGCAACGGGAUGGUCUGUUGUGAUAAUUAUGGGAUGGUUCUUGCGGAAUUCUGCCACUGAAAUAACUAUAAUCGUAGAGGACUAUUUUAUUAAUAUCUAAAAUGAAGACCUCACAUGGACCGUAAUAGUG